AUGUCGUUCCUCGAAGUUACAGCUCGCCGUCUAGCCACCACCUCCAGAAUUGCAGUGGUCCCCGCCCCGCGACACUUUAGCACAAGCAUCGCAGCACAAAAGUCAGUCACAGAAACUGCCAAGGACACAUUAAAAACAGUAGAUCGUAAGGUCUCGGACAAAUUAGUUGACGGUAUCAAUGCGGGAGCCAACCUCGCAUCGAAAGUAAAAGGCGAAGCAGACGCAGGCAAGGUAAAAGGUACCGCAGAGGAGAUCCGUGGCCAAGUGAAGGGCGAAACCGAAGAGAUAAAAGGCAAGGCGAAGGGUGCAGCUAAAGAAGCUGAGGGUAAGGUGAAGGGAAGUUUGUAA